GGACAGUUAAGCUAAUUCAUCGGAGCCAUCAUGAGGUUCUUCAAGUGCUCAUUAAUUCUGCUCCUUCUGCAAUUGAUCACCAUCGAGGGACUAUUGCGCUUCGGUAAUAUUAAAAAAUUGCCGAAAACGAUAUCCCAGAAGUUGGACGAGUACUGGCACUUCUACAAGAAUAACUUCAACAAGACGUACAACGGUAGGGAGGAGUCCUGUAAGCGUGCAGCAUGGGAGCAGAAUGUGAUGAAGGUUUACGGGCAUAACCUCGAGGCGGAGGCAGGCCAUCACAGCUAUAGACUUAGGGACAAUCACCUCGCGGAUCUUUGUUCGAGAGAGUACCACAAGGAUUUGGUAAAAUUGAUUCCCAGUAGAAAAAGACGUGUGAGCGAUGACCAAAUGGUGGCUGCAGUACAUCACGAUCCCCGUUUAAUUCCAAAGAACCUAGACUGGCGUGAAUAUGGAUUCAUAACUAAAGCGGUGAAUCAACGUGAUUGCGGUAGCUGUUACGCAUAUUCAAUAGCACAGAGUAUUGAAGGUCAAUUGUUCAAACAGAUAAAGGAAGUGAUACCACUGAGUGCUCAGCAGCUCGUCGAUUGCAGCACCAUUACUGGUAACCUCGGUUGCGCCGGUGGUUCCCUCAGAAAUACAAUGAAAUACCUACAGAGAUCAGGUGGUCUUAUGGCCCAGGUUAAUUAUCCAUACAAUGCCAGGGAAGGCGUGUGCAGAUACCAUGAUGGUAUGAGUGUCGUCAAUAUUACAUCCUGGGCAAUUCUGCCAGCUCGAGACGAACGUGCACUAGAGGCUGCUGUGGCAACUGUUGGACCAAUUGCGACAUCCAUAAACGCCAGUCCCAAGACAUUUCAGCUGUAUCACACAGGAAUUUACGACGAUCCACUGUGCAGCUCCGACAGUGUCAAUCACGCAAUGCUAAUUGUCGGCUACACCCCGGAUUACUGGAUUCUAAAAAACUGGUGGGGUAAUAACUGGGGUGAAAACGGAUACAUGAGAAUCAGGAAGAACCGAAAUCGCUGUGGAAUCGCUAAUUACGCAGCUUUCGCACGUAUCGCCAAAAACUGAUAAAAUUUUCAUAUUUAUUCUGAAUACAACUACGAAAAAGAGAACUGUAAAUAACCUUUUCUAUUUUUUUACUAAAUUGAAU